UAUCCUGAACGACAUUUAGAAAAGCGGCAUCCAUUAGCAUUUAUGCCAUUUGGUGUAGGUCCGAGAAAUUGUGUCGGAAUGAAGUUCGCUCUGAUUGAAAUGAAAAUUGUUUUAACACGAUUAUUAAAACAAUAUACGAUCCUUAAAUGUGAUAAACUCGAAAAUUUUACAAUUAUAGAAAAAUCUGUAAUUACACCCAAUGAAGUUUGGAUUAAAUUAGAAAAACGAUUUUGA